CGUCUGCAGGGAUGGCAGCCCAAAGAAACGGCGGAGAGUUUGCCGGCGCUGCUGUGCUGUUGAUGUUGGUCGUGACAGGUCUUCCGCUAAGAUCAAACGCAGCAGGUCUACUCUGUGGCAACCAGAGGCCAAUUCCACGAGUGGCAGGCGGCGUGAAUGCCCAGAGUGGGGAGUGGACCUGGCAAGUGAGCCUCCAGAACCGUGGAGAGCAUAUCUGUGGUGGAAGCGUCAUCGGUCAUCGGUGGAUCCUGACCGCUGCUCACUGCUUUUUUGAGACGGGGUACAAAAUAAUCCCAGCGGAUUGGAAGGUGAUUCUGGGCCGUGUGAGACUGACAGGUGACCCAUUCAGGGGUGAGGAGCGUGACGUCGCUGAGAUAAUCAUCCACGAGAACUACACCAACUACAUGAAAGGCUAUGACAUCGCCCUGGUGCGGCUGGCGCUGCCCGUGUGGUUCGGCCGGGAUAUCUCGCCCAUCUGCCUGCCCCGCGCAGACCACCAGUUCGCCUUUGGGACGCAGUGCUGGGUCACCGGCUGGGGCGACAUUGGCAUGAACACUUCUCUGGCAGACCCCAUGCACCUGCAGGAGAUGGCCUUGGACCUCCUGUCGAGGGACACCUGCAACUGCAUUUACAACAACCUUCGGGACCGGAAGAUCGUCCAGCCUGCUUUGCCGCGUAUGGUGUGCGCCGUGACCCCUGACCGCACGAAGGGGCCCUGCAAGGGUGAUUCAGGCGGCCCGCUGGUUUGCCUGGAGGACAACCGAUGGUUCCAGGCUGGGAUCAUGAGUUUCUCCAUGGGCUGCGAACAACUUUAUAGCCCCAUCAUCCUGACAGAGACCAGGGCUUACGCUGGCUGGAUCCAGAGGCACGUCUUGGGGGCUUCAUUUGCUAAUCAGGCCGAGCCCCGGCCCAAUACAACGGACCAAUACUUGUGUACAGGUUGUGGGACGCUGAAACGAGACGCUCCUGGCUCAGGGGCAGAGGGGCUCUGGCCAUGGUAUGUGAGCCUGGAGUUCAACGGGCAGCAUGUGUGUGGAGGCACCUUGAUCUCGGAAAACUGGGUCGUGACGGCUGCGCAGUGCUUCAUUGGGCGUCAAGAACCUGCGGCCUGGAAGGUACUGCUGGGUGAGAAACAGGUUGGGUUAAAACGUGGGUGGCAAGCCAGGAGAACCCUCAACCACAUUGUUCUUCACGGCGCCUACUUCAACGCGACAGAAGGUCAUGACAUUGCUGUGGCCCAGUUGGACCACCCCGUCGAAUUCAACGACCGCAUCCGGGCCAUCUGCACCCCAUAUGAAACCCACAAGUUCCCGUUCGGCUCUACCUGUUGGACCCGGGGGCGGAUAGUUGAUGAAACCCAUGCGCCAGGUACUCUAGGGGGUGUGGAGGUGACAAUCCUUGGUCCCCGAACAUGCAACUGCCGCUACAACGUGACCAGCGAUCCUGGGCAUGAAAUCCCUAUCACCUCCGAGAUGCUGUGCGCAACGCCCUUCAAACGCACCAUGCGUUGUGAGGAGUCUGUCGGGGAACCUCUGAUUUGCAACGAAAAGGGCUCCUGGUUCUUGGCGGGAAUCUCCAGUUUUGGCAAGGGUUGUGGGACCGUGAUCCGCCCGGGCGUUUACUCGGCAGUCGCUGCCCACCAGCAGUGGAUCAUGGAAACUGUGUGGUCUGCUUACUACAACAAGCAGGUGCCUCCGGUUCCAGUUGCAACGGAUGACGAUAGCUGCCCGAUCCUUAAGCCUGCAGGAGCAGGAAACCGAUAGCGAGACGCGUGAAGACCAAACUGGAGACCCGAGACUUGGCGGGAGCAAAAUUCUGCUUCUCUCCUCCUGCCUCUUGCCUACAGAGACUCUGGAAAGCGGCGGUAAUCUCCAGCAGCCAUGCGUCGGACUCCUGGGAAGGCGCUCUGGGUAGCUUCCGGCCCAAGAUCCAGUCCUUACAAUUUCAGAAGCGAUUAGGUGGCCGUUUUCUGCAUUUGUGGAGGGGAGGCAGUUAUCAGGCCUGAUUGCCACGUUACCCAAAAGACACCAGAGACCCUCCUAGAUCAAGCUCAGCGGGGCGCGGGGGGGGGGGGGGAAACUCCCCCAACUGUGACUGCUGCUCAAGUUAUCCCCUUCCCCAUUUUACAGACAGAAAAACUGAGGCUCAUCUACUGCUUCCAUGGAGUAUGAGUCGGUGCAAGAGUCUGUCUACUGCCGAGGCAUAUUGUGAGGGAUAGAAUUAUAUUGUAUGAUGUAACCCCGCUCCCAUACCUGUCUGCUCUCAUGGGAAAACCAGACCCGAUGAACCAGCCUCGGGGGCUUGCCUCGAGGUGAUCUGAACUGGUUUCACACUGACGUUUAAGACCGAAUUGUUAUGUAUUGAUCCACUGAGCUCGCCUUUUGCAAGCGCAAGGAUGUGUUUCAGCUGCCCCUGAAAACUUUGUCCCCAAGCCGGUUCUAGUACACCCGGAGGCAAGAGGGCACUCACAAAUCCAACAGUCCAACCCCGUCUGCAGCCCAAUUGCUCUGUGCUGGAGGACUUGGUCAGGCAGACAGACUAACACUACACCGUUCAUUCCUAUGUAUGUAUUGACGAGUCACAGCUGACUUAUAGCAACCCCCAGCAAGGGGCUUUCGGGACAUGCGAGAAACAGGGGUAAUUUGUUAUUGCAUUUCUCUGCAAAGCCUUCCUUGGUGGUCCCCCAUCCAAGUACUGACAUUGUUUAGCUUCUGGAAUCUGAUAGGAUCUGACUACACCAGGGGUCGGGAACCUUUUUUACUCAAAGAGCCAUUUGGCUCGCUCGCCCCCCACUUGCCCCCAGCCCGCUUGCCCCCACUAGCCCGCCCGCUUGCU